AUGGCACUGCCCGAAGAGCUGUUCGAGGUCCCUGCCUCCCGGCUGGACUCCUUUGUGGCCCAGUGGCUGCAGCCCCUCCGUGAGUGGAAAGAAGAUGUGCUGGAGGCGGUGUGGACGGUGGAGAAGUUCCUGAGGGAGGGGCGCUUUCAAGGGGAGCGAGGCCUGGACCAGGAUGUGCGAGUGCUGAAGGUGGUCAAGGUGGGCUCCUUCGGGAACGGCACGGUGCUCAAGGACGUGGCAGAGGUGGAGCUGGUGGCCUUCCUGAGCUGUUUCCGAAGCUUCCAGGAGCAGGCCAAGCACCGCCAAGCUGCUCUGCGCAUGCUUCGGAGGGAGGCCUGGCACUGCCAAGACCUGCUAGGCCUCGGGCUCCAGGACCUGAGGCUGGUCCAGGGGGCUCUCGUCUGCACAUUCCAGAACUGGAGGACUGUGGAGCCCAUCACGGUCACCAUCGUGCCUGCCUACAGGGCCCUGGGGCCUUCUGUUUCCAACUCUCAGCUGUACCCUGCGAUCUAUGAAAGUCUGAUAAAGGCCGGUGGCUACCCUGGCUGCUUCUCUUCAUCCUUCAGCGAACUGCAGACAAACUUCGUGAAGCAUCGGCCAACCAAGUUGAAGAGCCUCCUGAGACUGGUGAAACACUGGUACCUGCAGUACGUGCAAGCCAAGUCACCCAGAACAGAGCUGCCUCCUGUCUAUACCCUGGAGCUCUUGACCAUCUAUGCCUGGGAGAUGGGUACACAGGAGAGCGAGAAUUUCGAGCUGGACGAGGGGCUGGUUUCCGUGCUGGAGCUGCUGCAGGAUUACGAGCUUCUCUGCAUCUACUGGACCAAGUUCUACACGCUCCAGAACCCAGUCAUUGGCGCCUUCGUCAGAAAUCAGAUCCAAAAAGAGAGACCCAUCAUCCUGGAUCCGGUUGACCCCACCCACAACGUGGCAGAAGGGUACAGGUGGGACAUAGUUGCCCAGCGCGCCAAGCAGUGCCUGAAAAAAGACUGUUGCUACAAUGGGGAGGAGCCAGUUCCCAGCUGGGAAGUGAAGGAAGCACGAGACAUCCAAGUGACAGUGGAGCAGUGGGGUUACUCAGAUUUGACCAUCUGGGUGAACCCUUAUGACCUCAUAAAGAAGCUUAAAGAUAAAAUUCGGCGGCUCAGGGGCACCUUCGACCAGUAUCUUCUGUCCUUCCAGGAGCCAAGUGGCACGAGGCAGUUCCUCGACACCCACUGCUCCUGGGCUUAUUACGGCAUCUUCUCUGACACUCGCAUCUGUCUGCUGCAGAACCUCUCCCCUGAAAUCCAGGUCUUUGUGAAGAAUCCUAAUGGUGGAAGCCAUGUCUAUGUCCUCCACCCCAACAGCUUAAUCCUGAACCUAAAGCAGCAGAUUGAAGACAAGCAGGGAUUGCCCAAAAAUCAGCAACAGCUGGAGUUCCGAGGCCAGAUCCUGCAGGACUGGUUGGUUUUUAGGAACUAUGGUAUCCAAAACAAUGACAUCCUCGUCCUCUCCAAGAAGACAGCUAGGGAGGCUCCAUUUCUACCCAGCUAGUUUCCUCUGGGAACCCUCUCUUAGAUUCUACCUCUGAAGGCCCUCCUGUCCUGGCCUCAUCCUAUCAACCAGUCCUUCAGCCUCUCUACUGAAGGUCCCAGGUCAUGACCAACUUUGUAAAUAGUUACAUUAGCCCUGCCAGUAGAGGAAUGAGGAGGGAUCUGAAAGACCCGACAUACAAAUGAACAAUGACCAGACCAUUCAUGACAAUAGAAUCCUGACCCUAACCUCUACAGCAGUCAACCCCAAACCACAAGGAAUCUGGUCAACAACUUCCAGAUUCUGUAAUCCCCAGGCCCCUGUCCAAAUUAAGAUCAGCAGAAAAAGCCGAAUAAGUUCCCUGACCAGUCAUCCAGGAUGCCCUGCUUCUAGUUAACCUGUCUAUUCCUACCCCAUGCCAGCAACUUUCAUCAGGGUCUUUUUUUUUUUUUCCACUCUAAAGCUUUCCCACUGCCUUGUAUGUCUUUAAGUUGCUGCUAUACGGAAUAGUGACUGACUCCCUUGCUAUA